AUGGCAUAUGUUAACCAUUCUCGCCCAUAUGUGAUGUCCGACUCGUCUUCAUCAAACCGCUCUCAACCACUUAACUCUGCCCGUACUCCGGGAGAGGGGUACCCUUUCCCAAGGACACCACGCCCUCAAGGGAAUCCACUUAUCUCAGGAUCAAAAAAUGCAGCCGAGAUCCCUCCUUCACCAACGACGCCCCGUCAAAGUGCAAUACCCUCGGCUUCGCCUAGCUCUCCAAUUAUCGAUACGGAAGUUUUCAAACAGCUUUUGGCCAUGGAGGAUGAAAACUCUUCAUUCAGCUUCACUCACGGGCUAAUCGAUCUCUAUUACGAAGAUGGAAGUAGAACUUUGGAACAGAUGAGAAGUGCCUUACAACCUUCGGACUACCACACAUUGGCUAGACUGGCACAUUUCUUGCGCGGAUCGGCAGCCUCACUGGGCAUUAUUCAAGUCGCACGAAUUUGUGAAUUGAUUGAGAUGCGGGUUAUCUCCCAGCAACAGUCACUCAACAAUGAAUGGUUUGAGUCCCAAAUCGGAGCCAUUGAGCAAGCCCACGUGAUUUCACAGCAGUGGUUUCGUGACUUUUACAAUAAACAUUGA